AGCACAGGACAUGUUUUAUAGCAAAACUUAGCAGUUCUGUGCUUCAGAUCCUGCUAUUCAUCCAUAUCGCUUUAAUUGCCAAGCUUUCUUUGGGGCUUCCUGAACCUUAUCCAACCUGCAUAAUCUGACUGAACAAUAUCAGCCUAAGCUGGCUAUCAGGAUAUUACAGUCAUCAUGGACAAGCAUCCUGGUCUCCCACAUCGUGGUUGCCUGAGUCCUGAGGGGACGUUGAGAGAGAUCCAGAUCAACUUACUGGAGUGUAAAGUCUGCUUCGAGAUGUUUAACUCUAACCAGAGGGAGCGUAGACCACAAAAUCUUUCCUGUGGUCAUGUACUCUGUCUGGAAUGCAUCACAGCUUUGUCCCACCCUCUGCUGAGGAAGCUGGAGUGCCCGUUCUGUCGACAGCUGUGCAGUGUUGAAAGCACCUCCCACUGUCAGGUUCUUAGUGACCUGGAAGAGCUUCUGUUGUCCUGCAGCACCUCAACCUCUGCUCCUCCUCACAGGAGAAAAGGAAGUCUUACGUCAAAAGCAGGUUUGAGCUACACAGCUCUGCACCGCCACACUGUAUUUGGUGGUUGGGGGACUCUCUUAAACCCCACUGGCAUAGCUGUUUUGGGGUCUUCGGGGACAGUAGUUGUGGUGCAUGAUGGAGAGAAAAGGGUGGUGGUGUUUAGUCUACUGGGAAAGAAGCUGCAUAGCUUUGGAAAAAGAGGAAACACCACUGGGGAGAUCUGUUACCCGGUGGAUCUGGCAGUGACUUCCACUGGUUAUGUUGUGGUGACGGAUGCAGGGGACAAAGCUGUGAAGGUUUUCACCUCCAGAGGGAAUCACAUCCUGUCGGUUAAGGGUUCCUUUAAGCUACCCUGGGGUGUGGACACAGACAGCUGUGGGCACAUCCUGGUUUCAGAUGUCCAAGCAGGCACGCUGUCCCAGGUAAAAGUGGACUAUAGUCAUGGUGUCAUUCUGGAGCAUCAAACAGCCAUCUCAGACCUUCAGAGUCCCAAAGCAGUGACCUACUGUCAGAUGACUGGAAACAUUGCAGUGAUGGAGCACCCAGAUGAUUUCACACAUCCAACAGAAAGACAUCAAUACAGAAGGCUGAGAGUGUUUACAAAAGACUUUCACCUCCUGUAUAUAACAGACAGCUUUAGCCUGAUGCUGCAGUCCACAGUGAGACUGAACAUGUCAGGUGUGGCCUUCGACAGAGAUGGAAAUGUUAUCGUGAUUGACUCUGAUCAGGGGUUGGUUUGUAGUUUAGGAAAGCUUCAUAGUCGCCCAGUCUUGACUCCUCUAGUAGGAGAUAAUCUUGUCCGCCCCGUUGGACUGGUGUUACUGAACAACAUGCUCAUCAUCCUAGAUGGUGGUGACCAUACAGUAAAGAUUUAUUCUCAAAAAUCAGAUUCUGGUUCUGUUAUUUAGCUUAUAUGAAUAAAACUAAAAGUAAAGUGUUUAGUGAGAGAAAUGAAAGUGAAUCUAAAAUGAAUAAAUGCUACAGAAGAUUUUGAUUUGCAAGUCAUAAAAUAUUUUUGCAGUGUGAAGCAUGCAUUGUUUUUAAGCUGUUGUGUCCUUAUUUUACAUAGCUUUUAAAAUAAUAUAUUACUAUUUCAUAACAUUGGAAUAAAAUUAUUUCCAAACUAUGUGUAUAUUUAUUCUAAGAUGCCCCUAAAAAGUCUCAGGGGUCAGAAGGAAAGGAGAUAAGAAGGUGAAAAGGAAAGGUGAGAAGAAAGAUUUCCAUUUCAAGCCAAAAUGUUUUCCUGCAAAAUUUGUUCUAUGUGAUUGAGUUUAGUCAUAUUUAUAUUUCCAGAACUUUUAAUGAUGGUUUUGACAUUUUAUUAGAUUACAAAUCUGCGGGCAAAUUACAUUAGCAAUAAAUCCCCAGAAUCUGAGUGAUUCAGCCAUUAAAAAAAAAAAAAAAAAAAAAAAAAAAAA